ACAAAUUCUCAUUAGGGUUUUUGUCAAGAAUCAAUUGUGAACAAAACCCAAUUCACCAUCAUCAUCAUCAUCAUGAACCUAAUAACCAUCUUCUUCUCAUCCUCCAUAUUAUCUCUUUUACUAAUCUACACCCAUUCAUCAUCGCCGCCGCCCUGCAUCCAUUCAUGCGGCGCCGGCGAUAAUGUACUGCCAGUCCCUUACCCAUUUGGGUUCUCCUCCGGUUGUCCAAUCCAAUUAAACUGCAUCUCAAACACCACCCCCGCCGUCGACGAAUUUCCGAUCCAAUCCUUCACCGACGACUCAAUAAUAAUCAACAUUCCAACCCUAUGUCAAAGACCUUUGCAAUCAAUCUUACGUCUAUUCAAAGCAAACAUCGCACCAACGAUUGAAAACGUUGUUUUUCUUCUGAAUUGUAGUAAAUCUAUAAACAAUUGUUUUCUCCCGACCACUAUGGUUCAAACCCAUUUCGAAUCGAGCAAUUGUGGGUCUAAUACAGAUUCGAGUAAUAAGAUUAGUUGUUAUUCGGAGAUGGGUAGUAAUCGUUCGUUUAUGAAUUUGAAUAAUUUGAAGAAUAUUGAUUGUGGGUUUUUGUUUUCGUCAAUCUCGGCUGAGUUACUUGGAAAUGUGCAAACUUCUGGUAUAUCACUUGGUGUUCAAUUGUUUCAACUUGGAUGGUGGCUUAAUGGAGAUUGUGAUUGUUCUUCAAAUGGGAAUUGUACUAAAAUUGUGUCGCCGAUUGAUGGUAAAUUAGGUCAUCGCUGUUCUUGUUUGGAUGGAUUCGUCGGAGAUGGUUAUGAAGGCGGUUUAGGCUGCCGGACAGGACUUUUUGGAUGUACUCUAAUAAGGUACAUAACAGGCCAAUGUACCGGUGUAGCAAGAGUUGUUGUUCUAGUUGGAGGUAUUAUAGUUGGUGCCUGUUUAAUGAUCACAGCCGGUCUAAUAUGUUGCUACAUUCAAAAGGUAAACGAAAUACAAAAACGAAACAAAACCAGCCAACGGCUAUCCAAAGCUACAGGCAUAUUGAUACCAAUCUAUCCCUACAAAGAUAUUGAAAAAGCCACAAACUAUUUCAGCGAAAAACAACGGCUAGGAACCGGAGCUUUCGCCACCGUUUACGCGGGAAAACUAAACGAAGAAUGGGUCGCAAUCAAACGACUAAAAUACCGUGAUACAAACACAACAGACCAAGUUCUAAACGAAAUCAAACUCAUUUCCUCUGUUUCUCAUCCGAAUUUGGUUAAACUUAUGGGUUGUUCGAUUGACAAAGGUGGGCAAUUCCUCGUAUAUGAAUACAUGCCUAAUGGGACUUUAUCCGAACAUUUACAUAAAGAAAGAAGAAACGAUGUUCUUCCUUGGCUUGUUCGUCUUGACAUAGCUGUAGACACUGCUCUGGCCAUAGCCCAUCUUCAUUCCUCAACGGAUCCACCCAUAUUUCAUAGAGAUAUUAAAUCGAGUAAUAUUCUUCUCGAUUUCAAUUUCAAAUGUAAAGUCGCGGAUUUUGGUCUUUCUAGGGUCGGAAUUGUGGAAACAUCUCAUAUUUCGACUUCACCACAAGGAACUCCGGGGUAUCUUGAUCCUCAAUAUCAUCAAAAUUAUCAGCUUUCUGAUAAGAGCGAUGUUUAUAGUUUUGGUGUUCUUAUGGUGGAGAUGAUAACAGGAUUAAAGGCGGUGGAUUUCUCUCGGCCUGCUGAGGAAAUCAAUUUAGCUGUAUUUGCUAUGGAUAGGAUUGGAAAAGGGGAACUUGAGAAGAUAAUUGAUCCUUCAAUUGAUCAGGUUUGGGAUAAGGGGAUUUUGUUGUCGAUUCAUCGGUCGGCUGAAUUGGCAUUUAGAUGUCUUACGUUUAAUCGGGAUAUGAGACCGUCGAUGACAGAAGUCGCGGUUGAGUUGGAGAGGAUAAGGCAAACUAGAUUGGAUGAUAAAAGUGCGGUUUUGUUAAGUGAAAGAAAGCUGAAGGUGAAUGUUACUGAAUUAAGUAAUGCGAUAGAAGAGAUUAAGGAAUUUUCUCAGUCUCCAACAACGAUUAUUUCAGCACGGGUUUCCGGUCCAAGUGAUCAUGGCUCAUCGUCGUCGUCGUCGACAGCAUCGGGUUUUACCAAUUUCGAAGGAGGACUAUUAUCAAUUUGAAAAGGCUUAUUGAAAGAUUAUGUUAAAAGGUUAAUGUUUGUGUUGAACAAAGUUUAUCUUAUUUAUGCAAAGUUUUGAA